AAGCUGAUAACCUUUACUGCAGACUUCCGAGCUGGCGAACAGCGAUCUUGAGCUCUACCAGAAGGCAUUGCAAGCUGCUAUCAUGAAGUUUCAUGCCAUCAAGAUGGAGGAGAUCAACCAGAAUCUAAAUUACCUCUGGGGUCGCACCUACCAAGGCACCGACAUUGACACGAUCUCAAUCCGGGCCGACGGCGAAGGAACAGGUGCCAGGACCUACAAUUACCGGGUGUGCAUGAUCAAAGAUUCGGUGGAGAUGGACAUGCGCGGGCGCUGCUCUGCUGGCCAAAAGUGCCUGGCGUCGAUUUUGAUCCGCCUAGCCCUGGCCGACAGCUUCAGCGCCCAUUGCGGCAUCAUGGCUCUCGAUGAGCCGACGACGAACUUAGACAAGGAAAACAUCGAUGCCCUGUCACAGAGCCUCUGUGAACUCAUCAACGAGCGACGCAGUCAGAGCAAUUUCCAGCUCAUCGUCAUCACCCACGAUGAGGACUUUUUGAGCCGCUUGGGUCAGACGAGCAACUCGCUCGAUUGGUACUUUCGUGUUUCGAGAGACGCCAGGCAGAGGUCCAUCAUUGAACGUGAGCGCAUCAAGUAGUCCUCUUCUUUUUCCUUUUCAGUCCUCUUCCUCUCCCUUCGGUCGCUUGGAAAACAAACAGAAGACAGGGCUCAUCAUCUGUAAUAGUAUGUCUU